AUGGCAGACGAGCCAUUAUUUUCAUUAGAAAUGAAUGAAAAUCGACAUCCAUCAAUUGAUAAUAAUGAUGAUGAUGAUGAUAAUCGUUUUAUUGAUAAUGAUACUGGUGCUGACCCGUCACAAAUAAAUGAAAUUGAAACAGUACAAAUAACUGAAAGAACAGUUAAUCCACGUGGAGAAAAAAUUUCACCACAUGAUUUUCAAUUAUUAAAAGUUCUAGGCAAAGGUGGAUAUGGAAAAGUUUUUCAAGUAAGAAAAUUAUUUGGUAGUCAUCAAGGUGAAAUAUUUGCUAUGAAAGUUUUAAAAAAAGCUACAAUUGUUCGAAAUGCAAAAGAUACUGCACAUACAAAAGCUGAAAGAAAUAUUCUUGAAUGUGUUAAAUGUCCAUUUAUUGUUGAUCUUAUGUAUGCAUUUCAAACAGGUGGAAAAUUAUAUUUAAUAUUAGAAUAUUUAUCAGGCGGAGAAUUAUUUAUGCAAUUAGAACGUGAAGGAAUCUUUUCGGAUGAUAUGGCUUGUUUUUAUUUAUCUGAAAUAUUACUUGGAAUUGAACAUUUACAUAAAGAAGGAAUUAUUUAUAGAGGUGAAGAAUUUUUAAAUAUAUAUAUAUAUAAAUGUCAUGUAAAAUUAACUGAUUUCGGUCUAUGUAAAGAAUCUAUCUAUCAUGGUGGACAAACAAAUACAUUUUGUGGUACAAUUGAAUAUAUGGCACCAGAAAUUUUAACUCGAUCUGGUCAUGGCAAAGCUGUUGAUUGGUGGUCAUUUGGUGCAUUGAUGUACGAUAUGCUAACGGGUGCUCCACCAUUCACAGCCGAUGAUCGUCGACAAACAAUGGACAAAAUAAUAAAAGGAAAAUUAGUUUUACCUGCAUAUUUAAGUAUUGAUGGAAGAGAACUAAUUCGUAAUUUACUUCGUCGACAAGUCAGUCAUCGACUUGGUAGUGGACUUGAAGAUGCUGAAGCAAUUAAAACUCAUGCAUUUUUUGAUCAUUUAAAUUGGAGUGAUGUUUAUGCAAAACGUUAUGAACCUCCAUAUAAACCAAUUCUUAAAAGUGAUGAUGAUGUUAGUCAAUUUGAUACAAAAUUUACUGUACAAACACCUGUUGAUUCACCAGAUGAUAAUAUGUUAAGUGAAAGUGCUAAUCAAGUUUUUCUUGGUUUUACUUAUGUUGCUCCAUCAAUAAUUGAAGAUAUGAAUCGAUUAGAUUUAAGUAAUACUGGACAUCGAUCACCAAGAAAAAUAAUUCCAUCUGAAUUAAUAUCUCAAACAUUGAAUAUGAAAAUAUCUGAAUUAAAUAAUAUUAAUGAUCAUUCAAAUACUACAAUAAAUGAAACCAAAGAUAAUAAUGAUAAUUCAUCAUCAAAAACAGUUCGAUCAUCUACACUUAAUAGAUAUCACUCAAAUAAAUCAAAAAGUCCAGGAAAUAUAUUUAAAAAAAUUUUUCGUCGUCGUCGUAGUACUAGUCGUUAA